AUGGAUGGCGGUAUAGAGGAUUCCGGGGCGUUCUUUGCCCCAGAUGCAGUUUUCGGGGACAGAGUGAGGCGUUUCCAGGAGUUUUUAGAAGUGUUUGAGCAGUACAAGGACGACGUAAAGGCGAUCCUGGCUAAGAACAGUGCCAGUCUGGCCAGUGAACUCGGUAAUAUAGAUGAAGACGCCGAGGAGGAUGUGGAUCUGAUGGAUGACAUUGACAAGUCGAAGAAGAAUGUCUCGGAUGGGCCCAAUGCGGUGCCCCACAGGAUUACUAUAUCUCUGGAUGACCUAAGAGAUUUCGAUAGGAAGUUCUGGCGCGGGGUGCUGAAUGAGCCAGCGUACUAUAUCCCACCGGCUGAGAGGGCUUUGAGUGAAAUUGCCACGGCGCUGGAUGAUUCUCCAAGAAACACAGUGGAUGCUGUCUCAGCUAAGCGUCCUUGGAGACUGUCGUUCAAGGGCUCUUUCGGUUCACAUACUCUUUCUCCCGGUACUUUGAACGCGAUGUAUUUGAACAAAUUGGUCUCCAUUGAAGGUAUCGUGACUAAAACUUCAUUGGUGAGACCAAAACUGAUGAGAUCGGUGCACUACGCGGAAAAGACAGGUAGGUUCCAUUACAGAGAUUACACAGAUUCUACAACUUCAUUGACGACCAGAGUUCCUACCCCUGCCAUAUAUCCUACCGAAGAUCCGGAUGGUAACAAAUUGACAACAGAGUAUGGGUUUAGUACCUAUAUUGAUCAUCAAAGAAUCACAGUGCAAGAGAUGCCUGAAAUGGCUCAAGUGGGUCCCGUACCGAGGUCAGUAGACAUCAUCCUGGAUGAUGACCUUGUGGACAAGACUAAACCAGGUGACAGAAUCAAUGUUGUUGGUGUUUUCAAAUCUGUUGGUGCUGGUGGCUUAAACCAGGGUGAAUCAAAUACAUUGAAUGGUUUUAGAACAUUGAUCAUAGGUAAUAGCGUAUACCCAUUACACGCAAGAUCAACGGGUGUGUCAGCUAAGGAAACUUUGAAUGAUCUUGACAUUAGAAACAUCAAUAAAUUGUCAAAGAGAGGAGAUAUAUUCGAAAUUCUUGCUCAAUCAUUGGCCCCAUCAAUUUACGGUCAUGAAAAUAUUAAGAGGGCGGUUUUGCUAAUGUUGUUCGGAGGUGUCGAGAAAAAUCUGGAAAAUGGUUCACAUUUGAGAGGUGAUAUAAAUAUACUAAUGGUUGGUGAUCCGUCUACAGCCAAAUCCCAAAUGUUAAGGUUUGUUCUAAACACAGCAUCGUUGGCAAUUGCCACCACCGGUAGAGGUUCUUCUGGUGUUGGUCUAACUGCUGCUGUCACCACAGACAGAGAGACGGGUGAAAGAAGACUAGAAGCAGGUGCGAUGGUUUUGGCUGAUAGAGGUAUUGUUUGUAUCGAUGAAUUCGAUAAGAUGACUGAUGUAGAUAGAGUUGCUAUUCAUGAAGUCAUGGAACAGCAGACAGUUACGAUCGCUAAAGCUGGUAUCCAUACCACGCUAAACUCUAGAUGUAGUGUCAUUGCUGCAGCAAAUCCUGUUUUUGGGCAAUAUGAUGUUAACAGAGAUCCUCAUCAAAAUAUUGCACUUCCUGACUCGCUUUUGUCACGUUUCGAUUUGCUAUUUGUUGUUACUGAUGAUAUCAACGAAGCAAGAGAUAGAUCAAUCAGUGAACAUGUCUUGAGAACUCAUAGAUACUUGUCACCUGGUAUGGUUGAAGGUGAGCCUGUGAGAGAUAGACUAAAUUUAUCUCUAGCUGUAGGUACAGAUGAAGACGACGAAAAUGCUAAUGACAACACUAACCAGGAUGAAGAGGACCAGGUAUUUGAAAAAUUCAAUCCUUUGCUGCAAGCGGGUGCUAUGUUAGCCAAGAAUCGUGGUAACUAUAAUGGUACCGAGAUUCCUAAAUUAGUAAAAAUUUCUUUCUUAAGGAAAUAUGUCCAAUAUGCGAAGGAGAGAGUUGUUCCACAAUUAACAACCGAGGCGGUUGAUGUGAUUGUUAAGAACUAUACUGAUCUAAGAAAUGAUGAAAACACUAAAAAAUCACCAAUUACAGCAAGAACUUUGGAAACUUUGAUUAGAUUGGCUACAGCACAUGCCAAAGUCAGGCUAUCCAGAACGGUUGACAAAGUUGAUGCUACCGUCGCUGCUAACUUAUUGCGUUUCUCAUUGCUUGGUGAAGACGUUGGCGAAAUUACUGAUGCUGAUUUGCAAAUGGACUUUGAGUAUCCAUCAAACAGAAAUUCGCCAAAGAAAUCACCAAAAAAGAAACAAAGAUUGGGGCCAAGAGGAUAUGGUUUGUCACCAUCGAAAAGUAACAGAGGAUCACCUGUUAAGAGAUUGGACUUCGGCGAUUCACAAGCAGAGGAAAGGCUAGAUGCUUCUCAAAUAGAAGAAGAGGAUGUCCUUGAACCAGGAAUGGAAGAACUACAUAUCAGUGAUGAUGCCAACUUACACAGAAGACUAGAAAGAGAGUUGAGAGGUUCGCCUUUGCGUUCCACGCAACAAGGUCCAUUAACAGAGGUGACCACACCUAGGAUGCCCAAUAUCUCGACUGCUGGCCAGGAAGAGGAUAAUGGCAAUCAAGAUAUAUCAGUGGAUACUGUUGACCAAAGCAAUAUUUCAACUGCAAGGCUGUCACUAUUGUCUGGUCUUGUUGCAAGGCUAAUGCAGACCGAUCUUUUCGAGGAAGAAUCUUACCCAGUGGAUGCUUUGUUCGAUGUUAUCAACGGGGAACUGGCAGAAGAAGAGAAGUUCACAAAGACAGAAUACCUUGCUGGUUUGAAGGUUAUGGCUCAAAGAAACAAUCUAAUGAUCGCAGAAGAGAAAGUCUGGAGAGUAUAA